GGUCAGUCUCCCUCGCACUUACGGGUAGGUCGGUGAUCAGUCGGAACUACUCACGUGUGCUAAAGCGAGAGUGCGGUGUUUGUUCCUCGCAAGGAAGAUUCUUCUUACAAUUUCAAGUGCUACGGGGAAAUGAAACGCCGCAAAAGUGCAUAGGGGAGGAGGACAUUAUCGAUAUUGUGGGGAUAAGCUUCAUCGCGAUUACAUGCGCAUGCAACACAAUCGGAGUAAUGAGUGUGCGCUGGAGAAAUAGAUUUUGAAUGGCUCCCGACCUCGAGAAAAAACGAGAGCCGAGGAGGGCAUCUGGUGCGGUAGCACACUUCCGAAAUCCAGACGCCGUUGGAGGCAUGCAAUUAUUGCAACGAUGCUCGGGCAACUUCUUUGGAGAUUAUUAUCGACACGGUACUAGCACAGACGUCACGGAAGGUAUCUCAUCGUCGACAGUGAUCGGGGCAAACUUGAGGAACAGCAGCGGCUCAGCCAAUAGCGGACCGGCUUCCUCGAGUCGGCCCCAAAAUAACCCCACACACACAGCCAACACUCGCAGCAGAGUUGGUCAGCAACAGCAACAGCAGCAGCAGCAGCAGCAGCAGCAACAGCAAACACAAGUGCAACGUGCCCAUCAUCGUAACCAAGCGAGAAUUCCGCUCACUUCGUCGCUGAUUAACCGUGCCCCAGGCGGAUUGAGAAGCUCGGAUGAACAACUCGGCACAAGAUCCGCAGGAAACAACACACAGGACCUUUGUGACAAUUCUAACGACUCCGGCCUCGGAUUCGAGGAGCGUCAACAGCAACAUCUCAACAAAGCUGCUGCGUGGAACGAAGGUGCCGGCGAGGAGGAUACAAAGCGCCGUAAAAUGGACAUUAAACUCGAAUCUGAGGAUGCAAACUUUGCUUUUCCGGAAGUAGUCCAGGGCUCGCAAAGCGAAGGCAAAAUUUCAACGAGAAAUGGAAUUGUGGGAACUACUCGGACAAAUAACAAUAUAAAUGGAUCGGUUGGACGAGUGGUUGGCGUGACAAGACCGCGGCCGCAUCUUGGUGUAUUAGCCAAGAGGCCACCGGUACAUCAAGGCCCGAUUACUUUAACCUCCCAGCUUUCUAGUGUAUCGAGAAACGGUAAAACACAGUUGCAGAUCAUCUGCCAGCCAGAGCAGCAGCAUCGUGCGCGUUAUCAAACCGAAGGCUCGCGAGGAGCCGUUAAAGAUCGCACGGGAAAUGGAUUUCCAAUUGUCCGUCUAAUGGGCUAUGACAAGCCAGCAACUCUCCAGGUGUUUAUCGGAACGGACCUUGGCCGUGUCGCCCCGCACAUGUUCUAUCAAGCUUGUCGCGUCAGUGGUAAGAAUUCGACGCCGUGCGUCGAACGCAAAGUCGAUGGAACGAUCGUCAUCGAGGUCGAUAUGGAGCCAGCUAAGGAUAUGCUGGUAACGUGCGACUGCGUCGGGAUACUUAAAGAGCGCAAUGUCGAUGUGGAGCAUCGUUUCCCACAGGAGGCAGGCAUAUUGCAGGGACGCAGUAAAAAGAAGUCGACGCGAUGUAGGAUGGUUUUUCGUACCACCGUUACAUACGACGACGGCACUCACGAGACGCUCCAGGUCUGCUCGCAGCCUAUUGUUUGCACUCAGCCGCCAGGUAUACCAGAAAUCUGCAAGAAAUCUCUAACGUCGUGUCCAUGCACCGGUGGACUCGAGCUAUUUAUCCUGGGCAAAAAUUUCCUAAAGGAUACCCGUGUAGUCUUCCAGCUCGAUAGCGAUAAUAUCAGUUCGUCGCUCGAGCCUCAUUGGGAAUGCACCGUCUUACCCGACAAAGAGUUCCUGCAGCAGACGCAUCUCGUCUGCGUAGUGCCGGCAUACAGCCGACAGGAUCUCGCACCCUCGGAAACCAUAAGUAUCAAGUUAUAUGCCGUAUCCUCGGGUAAGACAAGCGAGCCACAUGCAUUCCUUUAUACUGCCACCUCGGCCCCACCUACACCCUCGAUCGGUAAAUUGGAGAACACACCCGGGGGCCUAAUUGCAUCGAAUGCAGACACUGUUCUGACCUCAAAACUGCCUUCCACGCCUCUCGUCGUUUCCGGAAACGUCACAACAAACGGUCUACUUCCAUCGACGGCCUCCGCUGCAGCUAACUUCCUCGGAUCUAUCCAAUCACCGAGUACGGCCUCGGUGGCAUCCGUUAAUCCAGAGGUUUUAAAGAACGAUCCGAGCCCACCGCCAGUCACGGCUGCAUCCACCGUAACUCCGGUUAUGUUAUGGAGCUCUCAAUCAACCAAUAACCAGGGUAAUGCAGCGGACGUAAUGAUGCCACCACCGCCAAACAUGGUAGCCAAUCCUCUUAUGACACGGAGAUCAUCCUCGAGUCUGCAGUUAAUCCUACCGGAUAACCUAAAAACCGAGGUACUCGACGAGAACAGCGAAAGCAGCCUGAUGGGAGAUAAUAGUAUGACGGGCAUAACGAGCUCAACGCACAACGCCACAGCCGGUUCUCUCGAUCAGCUGAUGAACGAUAAUUCAAGAGAUUCGUCACAGAACAAUCUUAUUAGAAAUACUGUAUCCAGCAAUGGCUCACCAGUACAGGAAGCAUUGAUGGGCGUUGUUGAUCUCAUACGCAACCAGCAUCCAUUAAGCAUUGUGUCACAACAGUCAACUUUUAGGGGACUGCACGAACAGACGCAGGUAAAAGUUUUAAGUCCUCAUCACAUCAACAAAGAUGCCAGUCCAAUCAUGGCUAACGAGGCAAAUAUCUCAGGCAGCAUGCAAAGUCCGGGUGUUGUGGAUCUACGCAUGAAGCACCAUCAAUCUGAAUUUAAUGGCAUCGGUAAUGGUAAUUUGGGUAGUUUUGCUGCGACUCCUGCUGAUCAGCCACUGCCUGCUCAAAGUGGCCAUAGCAUCGAAAAAUAUCUUAAUCAAAUUGAGUCAACGGCACCGAAGAAGACCGAUGUCCAGGAAGCGAAUUUUGUACGAGCUUCGAUAAUAGCGAGUAGUCAGCAACAAUCGUCAAACCUUCUAUCCGCCAGGACGACGACAGUGCCUCUCGACGAAUUAGUUAAUUCGGCCGUCGAUUCCCAUCAAAUGGUUUCACCUCUCAGACCUACGAACUCCAGUCCAAGCGCAAUAAUUAAUCAUGUAACGUCAGUUGUCGAUCACGAUUCACUUAAUAGCCCCCAGCAAUCAACUAGGACCAGUCCACCUAUUCCCGUGAAGACGAUGCUUUUGGAAGCUCUUAUGCCAACUACGAAUGUUUCAUCAUUAAGUGUCGACGGUGGUGCCACCGUAACGAGUGUGCCAGUUCAGGUGCAAGAAGGUACCGCGGACGAUAGCCUGCUUAAAACAAUAAACGCUGCGUUAAUGCCGAGCAUCCAGGAGUCGCCGAUUGUGAGUGCAGCUGCGGCUGCCGCAGUCGUUAAUGUGAAUCCGAGCGUCAGCGUAAGCUCGCAUAAUCCAUUGCAAGUAACGAGCGAAGUCAUGCCAAAUGUUGCUACUGCUAUUCAAGCACUAGCCCAACAAGAUCCAGUUGCCAUGCAGCAGCAGGUGCAACAAGUUGAACAAGUCGUCGCCCAGGCCCAACAACAAGUCGAACAGGUUGUAGCUCAGGCCCAGCAACAGGCGGUCCAAGCCGUGCAGCAGGCCCAGCAGCAGGUCGUUCAACAAGUGGUUCAGCACGCCCAAGUAGUUCAGCAAGCCGUUCAAAAGGUCCAGGCGGCUCAGGAAGCGCCAGCGGCUCAAGCGACACAGGAGGUCGUUCAACAAGCCGUCCAGCAGGCAACGCACGAAGUCGUCCAGCAGGUACAGGCGGUACAGCAGGCUGUACAGCAGGCACAAGCUGCCCAAGCCAUGCAGCAGGCGGUUCAACAAGACAUUGGCUCGAUGUUGAAUCAGCCCGCGGGUUUUGUCGCUGAGGCGAGCUCCGCUCUAGCGAGUGGAGCCGCACAAGAGCCCAGUCAGCAAAGGCUUACCACCGCGGCCGAGCAGGCCAUCAAUAACGUUAUCACAAACGCCACCCAAGACAUUAUCAAUAACAGGCCAAUUACCACAACGACAGCUCAUGCCAUCAUAGCUACUAAAAAUAUUUUAAAUAGUGUCGCAACCCAGAGCGCUCAAUUAAUGAACAGUGCCAUGGAAGGCAUCCUGCCAAAAUCUCCGGUUGCGCAGCAAACAAUCGUCGAGCAAGUGACGAGCAAGUCGCCGUCGACCGGACCAAUGACCAUGCAAACAUCGAGCAAUAGAGCAUCGGUCGUCAGUCAGCAAACGCCAAUGCAGCAGAACAAUGAGCCCCAACAACAGGUACAACAAGCGAAUGGCGGUGUCGUGAGAAAAUCAGAAGCGCCUACCAACGGUAUGAUGACGCAAGAUCUAAUGACAGACCACGAGCUACUCAGCUACAUCGACGCUAGUUGCUUCGAUCCGCAAAACGGAUUUCUUAUGUAAUGCCUUUGAUCGUCGGCCCAGCUAUUCCUAAGGAUUUAUCCUGUAAAUGGAAUUACCCUAUGGAUUGUCGUUAAAUAUUUCAUUAACGAUUACGCAACGCACGCACGCACGCACGCACG